GGGGCGGGACCGAUCGGUGUUCUCCGGCUCCGACGCCCUGGCCUGACGGGAACGGGGCGGAUUCUGCUCUCCGGUGGCAGUAAGAACCUUUCUUUGGACGAUGUGGAGCGGCGAUCGCGUAGCGGGUGCGGGGUCUGGCGGGGCGGUCGUGACGGUGGCCUUCACGAACGUUCGGGACUGUUUCCUCCAUCUGCCACGACGCCUCGUGGCCCAGCUGCACCUGCUGCAGAAUCAAGCUAUAGAAGUAACCUGGGAUCGCCAGCCCACCUACUUGAGCUGGGUGGAAGGCAGACAUUUUAAUGAUCAAGGAGAAAAUGUGGCUGAAAUUAAUAGACAAGUUGGUCAGAAACUUGGCCUGUCAAGCGGGGAACAGGUGUUUCUCAGGCCUUGUUCCCAUGUGGUAUCCUGCCAACAAGUUGAGGUGGAGCCCCUCUCUGCAGACGACUGGGAGAUACUGGAGCUGCAUGCCGCUUCUCUUGAACAGCAUCUUCUAGAUCAGAUUCGAAUAGUUUUCCCGAAAGCUGUUGUUCCCAUCUGGGUUGACCAGCAGACUUAUAUAUUUAUCCAAAUUGUGGCUCUGAUGCCAGCUGCCCCCUACGGAAGGCUAGAAACUAACACCAAACUCCUUAUUCAGCCAAAGACACGCCAAGCCAAAGAGAACGCAUUUCCAAAAGCAGGAGGCGCUCACGGGCAAUUCCACGCUUGUGGACGAGAACAGAAAGAAAUGGCGAACGAAUUGCAAACCAAACAGCUUCAGAUGAACACGGAGGGCGCUGCUGGCUCUCAUGGAACAGACCCAGACGUCCCGAGUGACACGUCGUUGAAGCCACGCUGGUGGACUGUUCUCAGAAGCAUGUUUUCUUUUGGGCCUGACAACAAGCAAGAGGCAUCCUGGGGCUCAUUGGAGAUCAGUGCUUUCAGAAACAUGCAGUCACAGGCUGUUCCUCCAGACAGUAUUUUCAGAGUUUGCCAAGUUCAGCCUCCUAGUGUGCGUCAUGCACCCGCUACCUCUGUGCCUCACAAACACUGCACCGCCCACGUCUUUCCGUGGGACCAAGAGUAUUUUGAUGCAGAGCCCAGCUUUACUGUGAUCUAUGGGACACUAGUUAAGCUCCAUUCUCCAAAACAACAGCAAGGCAAAAGUAAGCAGCAGGGUGUCCUGUCAGCUGAAAGGGAGAAGCACCUGUCAGAGGCUCCGGAUCAUAAGCAGGUCUCCUCGGACCGCGGUGAGGAAGCUGGGGAGGCCUGUGUGUUGAAGGUGGUCUGGAACGGACUUGAGGAAUUGAAGAACGCCACAAAGUUCACCAGGAGUAUAGAACCUCUCCACCUUGGCAAAGUCUGGAUUCCAGAUGACCUGAGAAAGAGACUAAACAUAGAAAUGCAUGCAGUAGUCAGAAUAACGCCACUGGAAACCACCCCUCAAAUCCCAAGAUCCCUGAAGUUACAACCUACAGAGAACUUGCCUAAAGACGUGAGUGAAGACGACAUAAAAGCUGCGUUCUCAUCUUGGCUCCAGUGCUCUGCCACCACCAUGCUGCCUUUGAUAAUAUCAAAGGAAGAAUGUAUUAAGCUGGAAAUUAAGGAUGGAUUGAAAGACUUCUCUCUGAGUAUAGUUCAUUCUCAGGAAAAAGAAAAGGAACAAGGGAAAACUGUUUUUGCGUUGAGCGCCCUUCUGCUGCAGAAGAUCGCAGUACAAGUCCUUCCAGAGCCUGUGAGAAGAGAAGGAAGCAGUGAGGACAUUGACUCGCCUCUUCCCUUUCUAAAGCUGAGCUCUCUGGGUGGAGUGAAUUCCUUAGGUCUAUCUGCCAUGGAGCAUGUCACUAACAGCCUCCUGGGACGCCCUCUGUCACGGCAGCUGAUGUCCCUCGUCGCAGGACUUAGGAACGGUGCUCUUUUGAUCACCGGAGCAAAGGGAAGUGGGAAGUCAACAUUAGCCAAAGCUAUCUGUAAGGAAGCGUAUGACGUUCUGGAUGCCCAUGUGGAAAUAGUGGACUGCAAAGCUUUGCGAGGCAAGAGGCUUGAAAGCAUACAAAAAGCCCUAGAGGUGGCUCUCUCAGAAGCAGCCUGGAGGCAGCCAUCUGUCGUUCUGUUGGAUGACCUGGACCUCAUUGCUGGACUGCCAGCUGUCCCGGAACACGAGCACAGCCCUGAAGCAGUGCAGAGCCAGCGGCUUGCCCAUGCUUUGAAGGACAUGAUCAAAGACUUUGUUUCUAUGGGAAGUUUGGUUGCACUCAUCGCCACAAGCCAGCUCCAACACUCUUUACAUCCCUCGCUUGUUUCUGCCCAAGGAAUCCACAUGUUCCAGUGUAUCCAGCACAUCCAACCUCCUAAUCAGGAGCAAAGAUGUGAAAUUCUGCAUAAUGUUGUGAAGAACAAACUGGGCUGUGAUAUAAACAAGUCCCCUGAUUUGGACCUGCAGCGCAUAGCUAAAGAAACUGAAGGGUUUGUGGCCAGAGAUUUUACAGUUCUUGUGGACCGAGCCGUACACGCUUAUCUCUCUCGUCAGCAUCUCUCCACCAGGGAAGAAUUGAGUUUAACAACACCAGACUUCCAAAAGGCUCUCCAUGGGUUUCUUCCUGCUUCUCUGCGAAAUGUCAACCUGCAAAAACCCAGAGACCUGGGCUGGGACAAGAUCGGUGGAUUGCAUGAAGUUCGGCAGAUACUCAUGGACACUAUCCAGUUACCAGCCAAGUACCCAGAAUUAUUUGCAAACUUGCCCAUACGACAGAGGACUGGAAUAUUGCUUUACGGUCCUCCUGGGACAGGAAAAACUUUACUUGCUGGAGUAGUUGCAAAAGAGAGUGGAAUGAAUUUUAUUAGUGUCAAGGGUCCAGAGUUACUCAGCAAAUACAUUGGAGCAAGUGAGCAAGCCGUUCGAGAUGUUUUCAUCAGAGCACAGGCUGCAAAGCCCUGCAUUCUUUUCUUUGAUGAGUUUGAAUCCAUUGCUCCUCGGAGAGGUCACGACAACACAGGGGUCACAGACCGAGUAGUUAACCAGUUGCUGACGCAGUUAGAUGGAGUAGAAGGCUUACAGGGAGUUUAUGUGUUGGCUGCCACUAGUCGCCCUGACUUGAUUGACCCUGCCUUGUUGCGACCUGGCCGACUGGAUAAAUGUGUAUACUGCCCUCCUCCAGAUCAGGUGUCUCGCCUUGAGAUUUUAAGCGUCCUCAGUGACUCUCUCCCUCUGGCAGAUGAUGUGGAUCUUCAGCACGUGGCGUCAGUAACAGACUCCUUCACAGGAGCAGAUCUGAAGGCUCUGUUGUACAACGCACAGCUAGAGGCCUUGCAGGGGAGGCUGCUGCCCGCUGGGCUCCACGAUGGAGGCUCCAGCUCUGAUAGUGACCUAAGUCUGUCUUCAAUGGUCUUUCUUAACCACAGCAGUGGUUCCGACGACUCAGCUGGAGAUGCAGAGUGUGGCUUAGACCAGUCCCUUGUUUCUCUCGAGAUGUCUGAGAUCCUUCCAGACGAAUCAAGAUUGAAUAUGUACCGACUCUACUUUGGAAGCUCGUAUGAAUCAGAACUUGGAAAUGGAACCCCUUCUGACUUGAGCUCACAGUGUCUGUCCGCACCAAGCUCUGUGACUCAGGAUGUGCCUGUACCUCCCGGGAAAGACCCCCUGCUCAUCCAACAUCCUGUGUUCAGGACACCUUCCCAAGAAGGCUACCAAGAGCUUUCGCAGGAACAGAGGGACCAGCUGAGGGCAGACAUCAGCGUCAUCAAAGGCAGAUACCGGAGCCAGAGUGGAGAGGAUGAGUCCCUUAACCAGCCAGGACCAAUCAAAAGCAGUUUUGCUAUUAGCCAGGCACAUUUAAUGACCGCGCUUGCCCACACAAGACCAUCCAUUAAUGAAGAUGAAGGGAAGGAAUUUGCUGAGCUGUAUGAAAACUUUCAAAAUCCAAAGAAGAGAAAAAAUCAAAGUGGAAUAGCAUUUCGACCUGGACAGAAAGUAACCUUAGCAUAAAAUAUACUUCUGAUUUUUCUAGAUGUAUUUGUUUGUUUUGAUGGUCUGUCUCUAAGUUGUAACUAUACAAAUGAUGUCUGUAAAUGUUUUAAUUUAAUAAACUUGGUUAAUCUAUAAAAUCACAGAAUGGCAAAUGCUGAUUAUAUAAUACACAGGUCUGAGUCUAAUAGUACAGGCUAAAUGAAAGUAUAACAGAUUGUAUUUUAUUCCUAUAGCUAUAUUAAAUCCUUAAUGAUAUUAGACCAAUGGUGGAGCUAAUUUGCUUUCUUUUAGAGAGAAGAGAUUUCUUGGCACUCUCAGACCCAGUCACUGUUUUUCUGGCAUUUCACAAUUAUAUGCC